CACUCUCACUGACACUCUCACAUCCUCGCUGGUGCCGGAAGAUCAAAACAACCGCCAAGAUGCUGAUGAAACCACUGCUCCUCCUGGCUGCUCUGACUCUCUGCAUCGGUACUCUGCAUGCUUUGCCAAAAAGGCAGACGUGUCUCUGCAUCCGGACGAUCUCGACUCGUGUCCCCCUUCGCAUCAUCAGCAAGGUUGAGGUGUUUCCUGUUUCAGGAUACUGUCGCCACACUGAAGUCAUAAUCACCAGAAAGAACAACUCUAAAGUCUGUAUCGACCCAGAGGCGGGAUGGUUCAAGGACCUGAUGAACAAUGUGAAAAAAAAUGCUAUGUCCACCUCCACCUCCACCUCCACCACUGUUCCACCCGUCGCUUCCAAUAGCAACCUCUGAUCUCAUUCAGUCGCAACAGCCGAUAGCUUCAUAUGGGUUUAUUAAGCUACUUCUGAAUUCAAAUGUUAUGUUUCGCAGCUGAUGUUCUUUAACUGAUCGGUCCCUCUUGUGCUAUCAUUUUGGAAAUGCUGAUAUUUAGACAAUAACACUGUCUGAGAUUUGAAAGUGUUCUUCCGUAAGUUUAUAAUGUGUUUAUUGGUGAAUUCAUUAAGCAAGCUAAAAAGCAUUACUGUUCUAAGUAUAUACUCUGAACUGAAACAUGUUGCAAUUUCAUUACCAAAAACCACAAAUCUAGAUUGUGACGUAAAAUCUGAUUGAAAAAAACAUGGAAUAUCUUCCUGAGAAUGUGAAUCAGAUCUUGCGGUCCACGUUGCAUUGAUGAUAAUUGAAUGGUGCUAUAAACUUCUGACAUGCUUGUGUUGUAUCCAUGACUUUUAAGAAUAAAAAAAGAGUUCAGACAAAAA